CGAUUUGAUGCAGAUUGAGCGUGAUGUCAAUGUCUGGCUGACAGCUCAGAGAACUGCAGCUCCUGCUGACCUUAAAGACUACUACUCCAAGUUUGCCGACUUUUAUGAUAGAAAGCUAUGGCAUCAACUUACAGUCUCUAUUGAAAAGUUUGCUGCUCUUCCUGCUGCUGUACCUUUCUUUCUGGCUCUCUAUGAUAACUUCAUUGUCGACUUUGAAAAGAAGAUCAACCCUAUCAGCCUGGUUAAAUUUCUCAUCCAAGUUGCCCAUCAGAUGAAGGAUCCCAAGGCUGCCCUUUCAUUUUUAUCUGCUCAGUCAGAAAAACUCAAGGAGUGGGGAGUGGGUUCUAAAGAGGCAUAUGUGCUUGCUGUAAUGGAAACUGCCCAUUAUCGUGUGGUUACAGGAGAUCUGGAGGGCUGCAAAAUCGCCAUGGAAGAGUCGGAAAAGUUGCUCGAUGAACUCCCUGCAACCGAAACCGUAAUUAGUGCUGCAUUCUAUCGCGUAUCUGCAGAUUACUACAAUUACAAAAUGGCAUACCAACAAUACUAUCACAACGCACUUUUGUUUCUAUCGUCUGUCAAUAUUGAUGAUCUGAGUAUUCAGGAAAAACAAGAACGUGCAUACAAUCUGUCCAUGAGUGCACUUCUUGGCGAGUCUCUAUAUAAUUUUAGUGAACUCCUUAUGCACCCCAUUCUUGAUUCUCUUAAAAAUACCAGCAUGGAGUGGUUACGCAUCUUGCUAUUCCAAUUCAAUACUGGUGACAUGGAUGGAUUUGAAAAAACUAGUCGCAGCGGAGAGUUUCUUAAACUGCCCAUUUUGGUCAACACUCUUGCCUUUUUGAGACAGAAGCUGUGUCUCAUGACUCUCAUUGAAGCUGUUUUUAAGCGAUCAAAAGAAAUGCGUGGCAAAAUGACAUUUUCUGAGAUUUCUCGUGAGACUCGAGUGUCGCUUGAAGAAGUGGAACAUCUAGUCAUGAAGGCGCUUUCUCUUGGUCUGAUUCGUGGAAAAAUUGAUCAAGUAGAUAGUGUUGUUAUUGUCACCUGGGUUCAAUCCCGUGUAUUAGACAAGUCGCAGAUUAAAACAAUCCAUGACAGGCUAGAUGGCUGGAGUAACAAGGUUCUUGAGCAAGUUACUGGUCUUGAGCAACAAGAGAGUGUUCAGAGUCUGAUCGUUCAAUAAAUGUAUUGAUGAGCGACAUCUUUAUCAAAAUUC